CGUCUCGCGCGGCGAAGGUGCAAACCGACGCGAACUGUAAAGCCCUGCGCUGAGACGACGCUCUCGCAGUCACUUCGAAAGCUCCGCAUCAGACGCACGCGCACCUUUUCCGCCGCGGAUACCUCGAUUAUAUAUUAAAACGAUUGUAUUUUUAAAACCUGCUUCGAUAAAGUUUGUAAACAAAUAAUAUUAUGAAAACGUAAUCGGCUUCGCGAUGUCUUUCUGUAGGAUAACCGGCCGCAGCCGAGGGCUGCCUAAGCCUAAUUACUUUCCGCUUCUCGCACCGAUCUCACCCGCUGAUGCCAAAAGAUGUUGCAGGAUCACAGGAAAAUCAUAUGGAUUACCUUCACAUCAUUACAUUCCAGUUUUGCUCACAGCAAACUCCGCUAAGACUAAAUGUAAAAUAACUAACGUAUCGGGAGAACUCGGUCCUCAUCAUUACUCGCCCGAAAUUAAUUAUGGAAACAGAAAACAUGAAAUUCUUCCGGAUUAUAGAUAUAUAUUUCCGAUUUUGGAUGGAUCAACUGAUGCUCAAAGAGCUUUGAUGGAAGUGCUUUUGACAAAACAAGUCGCUGAUGACAAAAGAUAUGUGUAUACCGUUCAAGAAAGAAGAUGUAGUUUAGUAUUUUCCGCUCGUAUGGAAGCAGCAGUGCGCGAUGGUGAUGUUCGAGACGUUAUGCUUGCUAAGGAUUCGGAUACUGUUCUUAUUAAAACAAAACAAGGUCGUAGUGUUUCUAUGGACUUUAAAGACUUCACGGAGGAAGUGGAUAUUUUUGAAGGAGAGGGACCAAACGCUGAAGUAUUAAAACAAAGAGAAGCUGAAGAAUUAGAAGAAAGAAAGAAGAAAAGGAAACGUGCUGCAGGGUUAUCGUCAAUGAAAAAAAUAUUUGAAAAUAAAGAGAAAUUGGCUGAAGUGCAAGAAUUAGAAGAAGAAAAAUUACGUCAAGAUCGUUUAGCAAAGAAAGCCAAAAUGGAAGAAGUUAAACAUGAAAAACAUGAUAUUAAAAGUUUUUCGUGUAAUAAUUUUGAUCUGAAUCAUAUGCGUUCAAAAUCGAGCAUUAUAAGGUGUAGUGGAGACUGGAAAGACCAAAUGCAUCCUCUUAUUGAAAAUUGGGACUGGGACUUAUUUGAAAAAGAAAUUAAGAACGAAUCUUUCACUCCAAAAGUAACCAGUUUACCAUCUCCUAUCAAAAUAACACCAUAUCAUUGUGAAACAGAAAUUUAUGAAGUGGAUCGAAAUAUUUGUGAUGUGUCCAUUACCCUUGAGAGUGUACCUUGUGUUAACCCUUUGAAACCUAUAAAAUCGCGUCCAUCUGAAGAAGUUUUGUCCGCUGUAACUACUUUACCUCAAGAACGCCUAGUGGAAACUUCAAAUGUGACUGAAAAGUUAUUGGAAUGUAAUAAAAUUGAUAUGUUACCGACGAUAGAAAAUUUACCAGAUAUCGUCAAAAACAUUAAAAAAGGGAAAAAAGAAAAAAUUGGUAAAAUAUCAGGUCUGACGUUAGAUAUAGAUAAAGCAAAGAAAUUUAUUCCUGGACAACAUGUAACUACUCCUCAAGGGACUCUUUUUAUACCAGGACAGACAGUAGAAACACCUGCUGGUCCUUUGUUUGUCCCUGGGUUAAGUGUAAAUACCCCUGCUGGACCAGGCCUAAUUCCUGGUCAUUUUAUAAAUAAUGAAACUACCAACGAACCGUUUUUCCUCGUAGGCCAAGUAUUACAAACUACGAAUGGAGAUGAAUUUGUUUGUGGGCAGACUGUUAAAAAUAAAGAUGAAACCUAUCGUUUUAUAGAAGGACAAACUGUAUUGUCAGAAGAAGGUGUCAAAUUUGUACCAGGAAAAUCUAUUAAUAAUGGAUUGGAAGAUGUGUUUGUUCCGGGUCAAGCCAUAAUGACACCCGAUGGUGUACAGUUUAUUCCCGGCCAAACGAUUGUAGAAAAAGGCAAUGUUAUUUUUACCCCAGGACAAAAUGCGAAAAUAAAUAAUGAGUGGCAGUUUAUUCCAGGACAAGUUGUACAUCAGGACGAUGAAUUACAUUUUAUUCCUGGGGCUACAUUAGCUACACCAAAUGGUCUCAAAUUUAUACCGGGACAAACGGUUACUACAAAUGGAGAAACAUUAUUUGUCCCAGGUAUAACGAAAAUGGGAGAAAAUGAUUUAGAAUUUAUUCCCGGAACUACAGUUGAUACUAUUGACGGUCCGAAAUUCGUUGAAGGACAAAUCGUCACAUCAGGACACAGUGAAAAAUUUUUACCUGGUAAAACAAUUGUGCAAUCAAAUGGACAUGUCGCGUUUUCAGUCGCGAAGUCGAUCGAAGAUAUAACAUUUACAGAAAGCACCCCAACAGGGUUGCCAAUAGACAUUAAAACCUGUUCUUUAUCCGAGGAAUCUUUGUAUGUAUUCGGUCAUAUGGUUCAAACAUCGAAUGGUAUAGAAUUUUAUCCUGGACCUAGAAUACCAAAGUUAGAUGGUAAAGUUGUUCCAGGGCGUCUCGUUAAAAAUGACGCAAAUCAAUCUCGUUUCGUCCCAGGAAUGAUGGUUGAAGGCAUAUUCGUGCCAGGACAAAUAGUAUUUACAGAAAAUGGCGAACAGUUUGUCCCUGGUCAAGUUGUGGAUACGGUCGAUGGUCCCAAAUUUGUUCCUGGUCAAGUAGUAAAUACUAAAAGUGGACCAAAAUUUGUUCCUGGCCAAACUAUUCAUACGAUAGAUGGUCCUAGGUUCGUGCCGGGGCAAAUUAUUGAUACAAAAGCUGGACCUACUUUUAUACCUGGUCAAGUAAUAUCUACUGAAGAUGAAGGGUCAAGAUUUGUCCCAGGUCAAGUCGUAGAUACUGAUGAAGGACCAAGAUUUGUUCCGGGUAGAGUUAUAGAAACAGAUGAUCAAGGAGUUACUUUUGUUCCUGGUCAAAUAGUGCAAACACCAGAAGGGCUUAAAUUUGUUGCUCCUGACUUAAUUGAAGGCGAGGAAGGUCUCGAAUUCUCAGUACAGAGUUUUGUUGUAACACCAGAAGAAUUAAAAUUAUUAAAAGUGAAAACUAACCCAAACGAUACUACGUCCACUAAAGGAGAGUUAACAAUUGAUACAAAAAUGCUAAGACAACUAUCUGAAGCAGGUAUGUCAAUUGGAAGACAAGUGCCUGCAGAUUUACCAGCAAUUAAUGUGAUUUUAAAUCAAACUAAAAAUGCAGAAACGUUAAAAGCUUUUGUUACUGACUUUGGUUUGAAAGAUGAAGUAGCAAAUCAGUUAAUGGAUGUUAUUAAAUCUAUUAUAGAAAUGAGCGUACAUUUGAAGUCUGAAAUUAAUGUUAAUCAUAAAGAAAACGGAUUAAUUGUCGAUGGAAAGAAAAGUAGAGCAAACAAAAAAAGAAUGGAUGAGAUAAAUCGUAUAGAAAAUGCUGAAGAUCAAAAACAGAAUACGCGUCAAGAGAAAGUGAAAAACUCCAUUGCAGCCGCCGUUCUUGCAGCUUUAGUUACAGCAGAGCAAUAUGAAGAAGUAAACAAUAACAAUGGAAAGGAAAAGUAUCAUCAUAUCUUAAAAUCGAUUGAUACAAUUUUGGGAAAAGCAAUUGAUGAGGACUUCGUAUCUGCUAUGUUCAAAAUUCUUCAAAGGGAAGAAGAUAAAGAGCUACUUAGCGAGGCAAUUGUAGAAAACUCUACAAUUCCCAAAAUGGAGUUAAUUAAAAUCGCCAUAAACAAUGCCUUAGAUAAAAAUUCCCUUACCCAAGAACAAAUGAUUGAUAAAUUUAGUGAGUUUUUAAGUCAAGAAAAUGAAGUUAUUGGCCCAGCAUUUAAAAAUAUUUCCAAAAAUGAUCCAAUAUUGCUUAAUAAAAUAAUUAAUAAUAUUUCUGAGUCAAUAUCGUUUGUCAAAACCGACCAUGUCGCUACCGAAGCUUUACAAAAAAUAAUAGUUGCAGCUAUACAAGAAAUUAGUAACAAAACAUUGGAAAAUGUGUUAGAUGGUUCCGAUAAAGAGUUGUUAAAGGAAACAAUUAUUCAAUCUGCUGGUCUCGCAAGAGUGCUAGGAUUAACUAAUGUUGCGAAAAAACUAUUGUCUGUAAUUGAUAACGAGCAAGGCUUAAGCAAAAUUGAAAGUGAUGAUGAAAGCAUGAAUAUUCUUAGAAGAUUGACUGUUAUGAGAAAACUGGCAGAACAGAAUCCAAGUUUGCAUUCAGCGAUACGCAAAUUAGAAACAGAUGCAGAGCUUGCUCGCACAGAUCCCAAACUCAGAGAUUUGGUACGAGAAAGCGCUGCACUUAUGAUUGUUCCAGAAGAACCACCAUUAUUAACAUCAGAAGACGUUCCAUUAAGCUUACUUCAACCUGAAAAUAGUCUUGCAAUGGAAGAUUUUCUGUUUCAACGAAAGAAACAUCCGGGUGCUUUGCUAAUAAUGAAAAAAGGUUUACAAGCAGUUGUUCCACGAGAGGCUAGUCGGGCUGUAUUAACUGGUCAAGUAGCUUACACAGUACUCGAUGAAAAUGGCAUUAGACAUUUUGAACCUUUACAUGUUUUCUCAGCUCUUAAUUUAAGUCAACCUACAGCUCAUAGAUUUAGUAUGUACAGUUGCCCUGUGCAAGACGAUAAUGAUGAAGACCUUCAAAGUUUUACUGGAUAUUGUAACAUAAGUCAAAAUCAAAGAAUUACAAAAUACGGUGGCUGGAAUAAAAAAUAUAAUGGCGUACUACUUGAUAGAGAAAACACUCGGUCUAGAAUGACAAGUCUCAAAAAUACACCAAGCUACGAAAGAUAUAAUUCUAGGUCAUUGACAAGAUCUAGAUCUACAUGUAGUAGGAGUCCAUCUAAGGUAGACGAUGUAGUCGUGGCAACAGCCGAUUACACAGCGGCGGGUGACGACGAGGUGUCUUUAAAAGCUGGAGAUAUCGUAGAGGUUCUCGACACGAAAGCUGCCCUUGGAUCAAAGAAUCCUCAAAUCGACUCCAGUCUGAACGUGGAAGCCGAACUCCUUGACGCAUCAGCGGCAAAACACAAAUUGGCAGUUCGACCGAAGAAAAAUCACCCAAAGAAACAGACGAAGAAAAGUCAAGUCGCCGAGAGGUGGCUGGUGCGUGUGGUGGAAGAUGUGCAAGGUGGAGAACUAUGCACGCGGCAGGGCUACGUGCCCGCGGACGUGCUCAAAGAGAAGGUGCCGGAAAGAGACCAGACGGCGCUGGCUGCAAGGAGACAGGCAGUGGUUCGUGAACUGAUCGAAACAGAGGAGGAGUUCGGGCGUGACAUGCAGCAGGUGGUCAGCCGCUACAUGCGUCCAAUGGACAAGGCUACCACACCCAAAAUAGUUUUCGACAACAGAGAGCUACUGUUCUCAAACUUCAAGCAGAUCUGCGAGUUUCACAAUACGUCAUUACUAGAAGGCAUCAAAUACUACGCUGGAGAACCACGGAUGCUCGGUCGAAGUUUACUCCGAAUGGAGCGAGAAUUCGACAAGCACGUCGCUUAUUGUCGCGACGAACCGCUUGCCCAACACUUGCUCAAGAACGAUCCAGUAGUCUCUAAAUAUUUUAAGGCUUUGGCAGACAAACUCGGAGACGACAAAGGUCUUACUGAGCACCUCAAACUACCCAUCCAAAGGAUCAACGACUACCAACUUCUUUUAAAGGAAUUGGUUAAAUAUUCAAAGCGCCUUGGCGACGAUUGCACCGAUCUCCAGAAAGCUUUAGAGUUAUUCCUCGGCGUCCCCAACCGCGCCACAAAUAACAUCUUCAUCGAUAGUAUCGAAGGAUAUCGCGGGAAUAUCUACAAGCUUGGUAGAUUGCUGACUCACGAUUGGUUCACAGUCGAUUACGACGGAGAACCCAGGAAUCAUUACGUCUUUCUUUUCAAAGCGAGAAUUUUGCUUUGCGAGGUCCAGAGAGUUGGAGAAGAUAGAUCAGUCUUUGUACUUAAACAUAUCGUUAAGCUUCCUGAGGUAGAAAUCAAAGAUCAUCCAGAAAGUACCAAGUUUGAACUUCACCAAAAAGAUCCUUAUCUUGUUUUUAACUUUAAAGCGCAUAAGGAAUCUGUAAAAACUGCUUGGCUGCGGGAAAUUAGACAAUACGCCAGUGAUCUUGUUGCAUUAGCAGAACACGCCGCUGAUGACUUACAAAUACUACCCCAGGAAAUAAUAGAACAACAACCAGAGGAGAGAAGAAAAAGGGAACUUGAAGACCGACAAGAAGAGAGGCAAGAGAAAAAAUCUCGAGUCGAAGAACUCGAAGUCACUGAACUUUCUUCUAAAGAAGAAUCACAACAAGUCAUUAAAACUAAACGAAAAGCGUCUUUCGAAGGUGAGCACACGAGCAAAAUCUCAAAAGCUGAAGCAACUGAGGUAUCUUCAAUUACUGAAGUUCAAGAAGUGCAUAGCAGCGUAAGCACAGUUGAAAGUCAAGUCACAGCAAGUUUAGAGUCUACAUCAUUUACAACACAAGUUAGUGAAGUAGAAUCGGUUACAUCUCAGUCUCAAAUUAGUCAGCAAACAAUUAUUCAAACAAAUGAAAACAUAAUAUCCCAAGAAGAAACCGCAGCGUUGUCAAUUGAAACCGCUCAAAAAGAAAUAUUACAAUCUGGGCAUGGUACAAGUGAAAUAAUCACAGAUAGUGUGGUAAAAACAGAAGUUAACACCAAAGCAGAAGGUAAAGUUUCUUCAAAGUCUUUAUCAGAACAAACAUCUAGCACAACUCUAGAUAGCUCUUCAAUCGAAACAAAAUCUAAAGGAGAGUUAUCAGUAGAAAGUAAGGUCGCUGAGGAGUCAGUAAAAGACUCAGAAUCUGUGUCUUACAGUCGUCAAGUAACUGAAACUAUUGCAUUAAGCGAAGUCCAAGAAGCUGUAAGUUCGGUUAAUCAAAACGAAUUAGGUGAAACUUCUCAAGAAAUACUCCAAACAACAUCUACAAAUGCGGAUGUGAAGUCAUCUGAAUCAUCUUGUACAGAUACAGUUCAAACUAUAAAAGAAGAAAACGUAGUUACAACAGAAUCUGAAUACGAGAAAACAAAGAGCUUAUCUGCCAAAAAAGAAUCAGUUGUUGAAGAAAAAGCUGAACAAAUAUUAAAUAUAAACACCAAGUCAUCACAAGAAACAUCUGAUAAAACUCAAGAAACUAUUUCUUACAGUCGCCAAACUUCCAAAGUUUCAGUCGAACAAUUACAAAGUACAGAGGAAAAAGAGGUAAACAGUAAAAGAAUAGAAGAUAGUGAGACCCAAUCAGCUUUUCAAUCAUCGCUUGAGUCUAAAGUUUCUUUAACAUCACAACAAAGUGUAAUAGAAGAAAAAAAACAGGAAAGUAAAAAACACGUUCAAUCUUCGAAAGAAGCAUCUGCAGUAACAUCAAACGAGUCUAAUAAUACAAAAACUAGCUCUGCUGAUAUAACUGACAAAAGUGUUGAGAAAACUAAAGCCGAAGUUCUAGAAAACGGAAAAACCACAGAGAGUCGUUCAAGUAUUAAAUCAAAGAAACUUGAAUCUAAACAAAUAACAGAAGUCGAUCAAACUGCAGAAGUAUCUCUGUCACAAAAAGUUGAAGAAACCAAUCAAACUGUAACAACAGGGGAAUUAGGUGAGAGAGUUUCUGCCGAGGAUCAAGCUGUAACUACAGAGGAAGCAGACGGAGAGAUGUCGAGAUACAGCCGCAGUUCGCGGCUAUCUGGAGAGUACUCCAGUAGCAGUCGCAAGCUAUCAACCGGUGGUCGUUAUGAGUCAUCUUCAUACGAUAGCACUGGUGCUUCUUCUUACCGUCGCGAGAGUGGCUCACGCAUUGAAAGUGCUAAGUACGAAGCUGGUAGUGUUUUAGAGGGUUCAGCUUCAUCAAGGUACGAGUCCAAGUACUCUACUUCUAGUAAGACCGAAGGUGGUUCCAAAUACGGAAUUGAGUCGAGCUACGAUACCAAGAAUGGCUCCAAGUUUGCUAUAGAAUCCGAAAGCAAGUUGGACAGUAUCGCGUCUAAGUACGGCCUCGGUUCCAAUAGUGAGACUCAAGUCGAAGGAAGGACCAACAAAUAUAGCGUCGAAUCCAGUUAUGAUGGAAAUUCUACUGAUACAACCAGCAAGAUUGAUAGUAUCGCCUCUAAAUAUGGUGUAGGUACCAAUUCAGAAUUGCAAAUCGAAGGUCGAUCCAGCAAGUACAGCAUUGAAGCCAGCUACGAUGGCAACUCUGUAGAUACGACCAGCAAGAUCGAUAGCAUUGCGUCUAAAUAUGGACGUAACUCGAUUACUGAUAGUGCCAAAAUUGAGGGUCGAUCCACUAAAUUAAAUAUUGAGACUAAUUACGAUGGAGAUAUCAAUGGAGAAUCGAAAAUCGAGUCGAGUUAUACAAAAAUAAAGAACGGCGAUACAGUAUCCCAGAAGAAAUACUCGAAAACAAACAUUUCUAAUGGUUCAGUUACGGAAGAACGUGCAUCGACAAAAUCGAUUUCAAAAUCGGAAUCAUCCGACGGCAAACCUAUAUUCGUGAAGACCAUCGAAGGCCAGAACAUCGAGCCUGGAGAAAACGCAAUCUUCGAAUGCGCGCUGCAGGAAGCAGAAGCUAAAGUGACGUGGCUGAAAGACAACAAGCCGUUCAGCGAUCGACUCAUGGAUCGAGUUGUGAUGGAGGAGAGGGAGGGCCGGUACCGCCUCGAAGUGCUGCACUGCAGGGAAGACGACUCGGGCGUGUAUACCGCUAGGGCGGAAAACGUAAAGGGCAACGCACAUUGCACCGCUCAGUUAGUGGUCCAUGAGUUGACUCCAGAGGAGAGAAAACAAAGGAAUGCUCUAAAUGCGCCUUACUUUGUAGUAGCGCUCAAGGAUACUGAAAUAAUGAUGAACACCUACCUUCGCUUUAUGGUCAAAGUCAAAGGCAACCCUAACCCUGAGGUGAAAUUCUACCGUGACGGUAAAGAAAUCGUGACGUCUUCGACUGAAGAACGAGUGAACAUCGUACGUACGCGCGCCGAGCGCGGCUGCUACGAGCUGGUGAUCGCCGACGUGCUCGCCCAAGACGCUGGCCGUUACUCAUGCCGAGCCAUCAAUGAAUAUGGCGAGGUCACCUCCGAGGCUCUCGUUACUGUUGUCGACGAUAAGAAUAUAUUCGGUGAACUGCCUCCGGGCGGAGAAGGCCUGCUGGCGAAGGGAGAGAAGGCCAGCUUCACUUGGAAAAAGGAUGGGGUGGAUUUCGACCCUGAGGAGAGGUUCAAGGUGCUGCUUGAAGACGAUGAGGACUCGUUGGCACUGGUGUUCCAGCAUGUUAAGCCGGAGGAUGCCGGCCUUUACACGUGUGUGGCCAAAACUAGCACUGGAAACAUAUCCUGCUCUGCCGAGCUCACUGUACAAGGAGCUGUGAACUUCUUACACCGUGAACCCACAAAGCCGCAACUAGUGAUUGAACAUCGUGAGGCCAUCGUUUCUAGUGGAGGUUCAGCAAUGCUAGAACUUGUUUGCAAGGGCUACCCCAAACCUACCGUCGUCUUCAAACACGAUGGCAAGGUGGUGGAAGCAGACACUAGACAUAAAUUCCUCCACGAAGACGACGAAAGCAUGUCGCUGGUUAUAAAGAACGUAACGUCAGCGGACGCUGGCGAGUAUCAUGUAACCGCAUCUAACGAUCUUGGCGAGGAUACUACCAUUAUGAACCUCAUUGUCAAAGCUCCGCCGAAAAUCAAGAAGAAGAUAGAGAACCAGACCUGCAUGGCCGGAUCCACUCAUGAAGUAAUUAUCGAAGUAGAAGGCUCUCCGUCACCAGAUGUCAGCUUCUACAAGGAUGGCGUGGAGAUCAAAUCCUCUGAGAGGAUCACCAUCGUAAAAGAAUCUGAGGAGAUCUAUAAAAUCAUUAUUAAGGACACCAAGUUAACCGAUACUGGAUCUUAUUCUGUGGUUGCUAAGAAUGAGGUGAACCAGUGCUCAGACUUCUGGCAGUGGCAUGUGACGUCACCACCCAAGAUACUGCAGAUGCUCGGCGGGGAGCGGUCGUGUGGGGAGACCGACAGCGUCACAUUCGAGGUGCACGCAGAGGGUGACCCCGCACCCACCGUUACUUGGUACAAAAACAAGACCGAGCUAAAGGAGUCCUCGGCAAUCAAGAUCACAUCAUCCGGCGAAGCUCACAAGUUGGUUAUUACUUCGGCUGCGCGCGCAGAUUCAGGGGAAUACUCAUGCGAGAUCCGCAACGUGCACGGCAGUGCGAGCGACUCGUGCGUGCUGAACGUGCGACGCGCGCCCAGCUUCACUCAGCGCCUGCGCGACACCACCGCCGCAGAAGGCGAUGUCAACGUUGAAUUCACCGUAGACGUCGACGCGUACCCUCAACCCAACGUCAAAUGGUACUUAGGUGAUGUGGAGAUUACGGAAAAGAAGUCUGUGUACACGCGUUUGGACAACGGCAGCACGCACAAGCUGAUCCUCAAAGAGGUCACAGCUGAAUUGUCCGGGCAGUACACCUGCAAAGUUUCCAACGAAUUGGGAGAGGACUCCUGUCAGGCUACUUUCACUGUCAAUAGAAAGCCCCGCAUUACAAAGAGCUUGGUAGACAUGACUGUGGACGUUGGACAGACACUGAAGUUAGAAGUCGAAGUGGAAGGCUGCCCCGAGCCCAAGAUCAAGUGGUACAAGGAUGGAAAGGAGGUGACUACAGAUGCCAGGAUUAAGAUUGAGAGGGAUACCCAAAGGCUAGAGAAUUACUUCCUUACGGUAACGCUGGUCAAGGAAGAAGACGGUGGCGAAUACGAGGUGCGUGCAGACAACGAGAUGGGCAGCGUGGCCUGCAAGAGCACUGUUACCGUGCACACUAAAGAAGUUCAUUCGAGAUUCAAAAAAGAAAGCUUAAUUGAAAAUGAAAUAGAGGACGACAGCAAUGUAAAGAAACAGCAAAUAGACGAUAUAGAAGAUACAAAGAAAACGGCUAAAAAGGAAAAAACAAAACCUGAAAAAGUGGAAGAGAAAUCUUUGGUCGAUGAAAUCGAUGCUAUAGCCAAAACUGUGACAAUUGAACAGGUUGAACAAUCCCCGCCAGAUAAACCAGAGAAGUCUCUUACUCAACCUGAAGAAAUAGAAGAAAAGUCAUUCUGGGAUGAUGUAAACGACGACGGACAAACUAAAUCUGUCAAAAUAGAUGAUAUUAAAUCAACACCAAAAAAAGCUAAAGAACAGAUAACAGAACAAAUAGAGGAAAAGUCAUUCUGGGAUGAUGCAAGCGACGAUGGAAAAAUCAAAUCUGUAAAAAUAGAUGAGAUUGAGACGAAAUCAAAAAAAGCAAAUAAAUCCGUAACAGAGCCAGAAACUGCCGAGAUCAAAGUUUGGGAUGAAAACCAUAACGAGCAACUUAAAAAACCCGUUGUUGAAGAGGUUCAAGCUGAAACACAAAAGGGUAACAAAGGUACCACUAAGCCGGAAGUAAUUGAAGAAGUACUAAUCGCCGAUGAGUUGAAAUCCGCGAAACGCAAGUCCAUUAAAAAACAAUCCCUUAUUGAAGAGCCUUUGAGUGGUGAAAGUGAAGGCCGAGUUUUUGAAACAGUAACAACGUUCAAGUCGGGCGAUGAUGGUUCAAUUAUUGUGUCUAAAGUGAGCAGCUCUCGAUCUCAGGGCGCCAUUAUCACAGGUCCAGCCGAAACGCGCACUAUACACAAAAUGACUUCGAGUGCUGUGUAUUAUGAUGAGGAUGAUGAAUGUGAUAGAAAAAUUAUCAAACCUAACACGCCACAUACAACUUCUUUAGAAGUUGAAGAAAUUGCUAGUCACAGUUACUAUCUGUCUGAAAUAGGACAUUAUACAAUACCAGAGCAUAUUAGAAGAGGUACGUAUGGUAUUAUCGAGGAACCACAGACUGAUUCCGAUGUAGAAACUAACUCUAGGCAUAGUAGACCAUUAGGCAACAGAACAGUAUCUAUUAUGUCGAUGUCCGAGGAUGAAAUGAGCUGGCACAACGACUCACUCUCACGCGAAAUUUCUAUAGAAGAUCUCUCAAAGUCUAUCUUUGAUAUAGACGAGACUAGAAAAGUUUUUAGCAAAGACUCGUAUGUGCGGCAAUCUUCUUUCAAAGAAGAUUACUUAACACAUAAAGGUGACGAGGAAACCGUAAUAUUGAAAGAGAAAAGCCAUAAAAUAUUUGAAAACGAUAUCACAGAGAAACUCAUUCACAUUUCGAAAGAAUUUGACGAAAACGAAUUCAAACAAGUCGAAAACAAAAUAAACGAUGUUAAAAAUCGCAUUAUAGAAGAACUAGUUUUAAGUCCUAGUAAAUAUAUUGAUAAUAUAACAAAAAAUGAGGCGGAAACAACUGUAGAGAGAAGGAAAAACACUAGCGCUGGUUUAUUUAGUGUCGAAGAGGAAGCCGAUGGUGACAUUGAAGAGCUUUUAAGACGCAGCCAGAGACAAAGGAGCAUUUUAGACGAUAUAAUUAACAAGGAAGAUGAAAAAGCACCCCCCAAACUUAAAGAGAGCAGCAUGAAGGAUGGACACACUUACGAAUCUCUGCCCAUGGUGUACACGGUCGAAGCCUCUGGUACCCCGAAGCCAACUAUCCGCUGGCUUCACGAUGGUCAGGAAGUGAAACCUAAUGAUAGAGUCCACAUUACAAAUAUUGGUGAUCUCUAUAAACUGGAGAUCGACACUGUGGAUUUGAAAGAUGCAGGCAAUUGGCAGUGCGAAGUUAUUAAUGAUCUUGGCAAGCAGACACUACAGGCUGAGCUAACAGUUUCGCCCGUGGCGGACCUACGCAAGCCCAUCUUCACCGCUCCCUUGGAGGCACAACGCGUGAUGCAGCGAGAACCCGUGACGCUGAAGGCAGUGUGCACGGCGGAUCCACUACCGCACGUGGCCUGGCUGCUUAACGGCAAGGAACUGACUCCGGAUGCGACCCUCGUUGUCAAUGAAGAAAGUAAGGAGCUUGACCAUGGCAUAAAGGAGUGCACCUUCACACUGCACAUACCAACCGGUCGCCACACAGAUACGGGUAUAUACACCGUACAAGCUAAAAAUAAGUACGGCCUAAGCGAGAGUUCCGCACGCCUGGAUAUUCUUUUACGACCUGAAGUUGAACCUUUGAAGGAUAUCACCAUUGUGCCCUUCGAGGAGAUUACUUUUAUCACCAAAAUUCGGGCGAAUCCCGUCGCUGAGGUCAAGUGGAGUAAAGAUGGCUAUGUCAUUCAGCCUUCAACACGCCACGAAAUCAUUGAAGACCGUGAGGCAGAAACUUUCAAACUGGUAAUAAAGAACGUUGGACUGGAGGACGCCGGUCAAUACACCGUCACCGCCACUAACGAAAUCGGAGAAACCACCCAGCAGGCUAAACUUAAUGUGCAUACUGACAAGCCAGCAUUCGUGCGUCCAAUCCAGAAGCAGAUCGUAAAGGAUUACGAUGACUGUACGCUCAGAGUGCGGUGCGAUGGCGUACCCAAACCCCAGGUGAAAUGGUUCCUCAAUGGCAAGGAGGUGGUCAACGACGACCGACACACCAUCACUACUGAGGUGGGCGGACAGGUGGACAGCGAACUGGAAAUAAAGCACUUUGGAGCUAGUGAUGCUGGCAAGUACACUGUCCGUGCAAUGAGUGUCUCUGGCGAGGCGGAGUGUGAGGCGAUGAUCUCCCUCGCUCAGAUCCCACCGGGCUUCUCGCACAAGCUGGACCGGCAAAAGGAUGUGGACGAAGGGGAGCCUUUGGAACUGAAGGCCAAAGUCGAUGGUAGUCCCAUACCUACCGCGAAAUGGUUAAAAGAUGGCGUAGAGCUUUCGCCGGACGAUUCACAUGUGAAGCAAACAGUACUGCCCGACGGCACUGUCAAGCUAACCAUCGAACACGUUACCCCUGCGGACUGCGGCGCCUACAAGCUGGUCAUCAACAACCCCAGUGGAGAACAUAUGGCCAUUUGCGCUGUGGCCGUUAACCCAACACCCCGUAAACCUUCAUUCAGUCAAGAGUUGGAGGAUGUUAAAGUGGUCGUAGGUCAACCCGUGCAGCUUGAGGCCAGAGUCAUGGCAUUCCCCGCACCUGAGGUCAAGUGGUUCAAGGAUGGUGUCCCUGUUCGGCCGAGCCAGGCUGUUAACUUCAUCAAUCAGCCAGGUGGCGUGGUGGGACUCAGCAUCGACAGCUGCCGUCCCGAAGAUGCCGGUGUAUACUCACUCGUCGUCACUAACAGACUGGGCGAGGUCGCUUCCAAGGCUAAAGUCGAGGUGGGUCAAAAAGAACGUAAGCCAGCAUUCAUUGCAGAGCUGCAGCCUGCUAAAGUCAUAGAAGGUUUUCCUGUAAAGCUUGAAGUCAAGGUGAUCGGACAUCCACCGCCUACUAUCAAAUGGACACACAACGGCAAGGAGGUGGUCCCGGACGGGCAGCGCGUGCGCGUGAUAAGUCAGCCGGACGGCUCGCACGCGCUGCUGCUGAGCGAGGCCAGCGCGCCCGACGCGGGCCGCUACGGCGUGCUCGCUAUCAACGAGAAGGGCCAGAGCGCCUGCGAGGCCGAACUCAGUGUAGCCGGUCACGAGGAUGCAUCUGUACCGCAAGAGCGUCCUCAGUUUAUCCAUGGUCUACGUGAGGUGACUGGUGAGGAGGGCAAGCCGUUGAACAUCAGCGCACCGUUCACUGGAAAUCCAGUGCCCCAAGUCACUUGGACCAAGGAUGGAGAGCCGCUUAAGCCUAAUGAAAGGAUCUUUCUCACUUGUGAUGGAAAGAAGGUUGGCAUGGAAAUCAAUUCUCUGGAACUACCUGACGCUGGUGUAUACUCCGUGAAAUUAGUUAAUCCUUUGGGAGAAGACACUACCGAAGGCAAAAUCAACGUUCGCAAGGUGUUCCAACCGCCGCGCUUCACUCAGAAGUUUACAGACUUGCAACAACUUCCAACAUUCGACGCCAAGUUCCCAGCGCGUGUUAUUGGACUCCCAGCACCCGACAUCACAUGGUACAAGAAUGGCACACCCCUCAAGGCCUCCGACAAGUACUCUAUCAAGCGUGACGGCGACGCGUGCUGCCUGUACGUGCGGGACAUCACGCAGGACGACGCGGGACAGUACAAGUGUGUAGCGAAGAACAAGGAAGGAGAGGACAGCUGUGAAGCGGUGCUGGAAGUUGUGGAUAAGAUCGGACGUAAACAGAAGGUGGAGCCGCCGUCGUUCCUGAAGAAGAUUGGCGAUGCGGAAGUGAUCCGCGGUCUCAGUGCCAAGUUCACGGCCUGCGCCACGGGAACCCCCGAACCGGAAGUUGAGUGGUUCCGCAACGACGACAAGCUGUUCCCCAGCGAACGCAUACGUAUAGAGCAGGAGACCACUGGCCUUCUGCGGCUGACCAUCGGUGGCGUGGGGCCCGAAGACGUAGCCACUUACCGCUGUAGGAUCUACAACCCACACGGAGAGGAGUCGUGUACCGCGCAGCUUAUAUACGACACUUUGGAGCCUCAAAGUGGAAAGAAGCCUAUGUCAGAACAAUACAGUGAUUUUGAUAAAAUGAAGAAAACUGGCGUGCCAAUGCCCCUCACGGAUAAGCCGAUCAUCUCACGUAUGGCUGACCGUCAUCUUACUUUGUCCUGGAAGCCAUCUAUUCCGCAUCAACCGAGAUUCCCCGUUACCUACCAAGUCGAGAUGUGCGAAGUCCCGGACGGCGACUGGUUCACAGCGCGCACAGGGCUGCGGUCGUGCGUGUGUGACAUACGCAACCUGGAGCCCUUCCGCGACUACAAGUUCCGCGUGCGUGUCGAAAACAAGUAUGGCGUUAGCGACCCCUCGCCCUACGCCAACACCCAUCGCGCCAAGCUCGAGCCUGACCCACCCAAAUUCGUGCCCUACCUCGAACCCGGGAUCGACUUCAGGCCAGAGACAUCGCCCUACUUCCCCCGGGACUUUGACAUCGAGCGACCUCCUCACGACGGCUACGCUCAGGCCCCUAAGUUCCUUCGUCAAGAAUACGACUCGCAGUACGGCGUGAAGGGACACAAUGUCAACUUGUUCUGGUUCGUCUACGGCUACCCGAAACCCAAGAUGACGUACUACUUCAAUGACGAACCGAUUGAGAUUGGCGGUCGAUACGAUUGGAGUUACACAAGGAACGGCCAGGCUACACUGUUUAUCAAUAAGAUGCUGGAGCGUGACGUGGGCUGGUAUGAAGCAGUGGCCAGCAACGAGCACGGACAGGCGCGCCAGCGAGUGCGUCUGCAGCUGGCGGAGUAUCCCACGUUCCUGAAGCGUCCCGAGGAGUGCGUGGUGCUGCAGCGGCGCCUGGCGCGCAUUGAGGCGCGCGUGGCCGGUGUUCCCUUCCCCGACAUCAAGUGGUACAAGGACUGGCAGCCGCUGGCGCAGAGCUCUAGAAUCAAGAUGCACUUCAUCGAACCGGACACAGUGGUGCUGACUAUCAGCGACGUGAUGCUGAAGGAUGAGGGUCUAUACUCUGUGUCUGCACGUAAUGUGGCGGGCGCUGUCAGCGCCUCCGCCAUGCUGUACGUUGAGGAGAGCGAGCACGAAUACUCCGCCAGGACUCGAGAAUAUCCACCCCGCAUUAAGGCGAGCUCGAAACCCUUCGGUGACUACUACGACCUGGGCGACGAGCUCGGCCGAGGCGUGCAGGGCGUCGUCUACCACGCCGCGGAGCGCACGAGCGGUCGCAACUACGCCGCUAAGAUAAUGCACGGUCACUCGGAUCUGAAGCCGUUCAUGAAGAACGAGCUGGACAUAAUGAACAUACUGAACGACCGCCACCUCGUGCGGCUGUACGACGCCUACGAGCACGACCACACGCUGGCGCUCGUGUCGGAGCUGGCGGCGGGCGGGGAGCUCGUCCGAGACCGCUUGCUUCGUAGUCAAGGAUACACGGAACGUGAGGUAGCGGGCUACGUGCGACAGCUUCUGAGAGGACUCAAGCACAUGCACGACAACAGUGUCGCCCAUCUCGGUCUUACUAUCGGUGAGCUGCUCCUCUCACACGCAGGGAGCGAUCUCCUGAAGAUUUGCGACUUCGGCCUGUCCCGCCGCAUACAGAUGAACAAGUACGCGUCCCUGGACUAUGGCAUGCCCGAAUUCGUGUCGCCCGAAGUCGCUAACGGUGAAGGUGUGUCCUUCGCGUCCGACUUGUGGAGUGUGGGCAUCAUCACCUACAUCCUGCUCAGCGGACACUCACCCUUCCGCGGUGCGAAUGACCGCGAGACGCUGACCAACGUGCGCGCCGGCUCGUGGUCGUGGCACGACGAAGACUGGUGGUCUCGCUUCAGCGCUGAGAGCCGGGACUUCAUCUCGCGCCUGCUGCAGGUGCGCUGGCACGACCGACUCGACGUCGACGCGGCGCUGGCGCACCCCUGGCUGCUGCGGGCAGACAAGAUCUACGAGAACGAGUACAUCAUCACUACGGACAGGCUCAGGAACUACUAUAACCUCUACAGAGACUGGACGAGUAAUGCGCAGUGCCGCACAUGGUUCCGUCGUCGUCCGCUGAGUGGUGCCUUUGACCAUCCCUCCAAAAUGGUCUACCCACCUGGUGAAAUUUACACUCCCGAAGGAACCCCAGACCGUGACCGCGCAUCCCACGAAAGGAAACCUGGAGAUUGGGAUAUCAAAUUCAAGCAAUGGGAGCAUCCCGACUGGGAGGUAUCUGCUAAGUCGGAGAGCCAUUACCAAAACGGCCCAGACACAUAUUUGUUGCAACUGAGAGACACUCAGUUCCCGGUUCGGCUUCGCGAGUACAUGAAAGUGGCCUGCCAUCGCUCACCAGGAUACAGCCUCAGCAUACAAGACGCAUAUGACCCUCGAACUCCGAUUAUCCGCGAACGAAGACGUUUCACCGAUAUUAUGGACGAGGAAAUCGACGAUGAAAGACGCGAGAGGAUCAACAACUACGGCUCCGAGAGCUACACUAUCCGACGACUCCGACACGAACUCGGUACGAGACUCGACAGCUACGCAGAGGCGCAGGCAUUCAUGGAAUCCAAGAAGGAUGGCCAACUGCCAUUCUUCAGAGAGAAGCCACAAGUGCUCCCGGUGCAGGAGGGCGAACAGACGCAACUCUCUUGCUACGCCGUUGGCGAUCCCAAACCAGUCAUCCAAUGGUUCAAAAACGACAUGGUCAUAGCGGAAGGACAGCGCAUCAAGAUUAUCGAAGAUGAGGAAGGAAGAUCUACCCUCAGGUUCGACCCCGCUAUGCACCAUGAUAUAGGUUUCUAUAAGGUCGUAGCUAGGAAUAAGGUCGGACAAACGGUCGCACGAACAAGAAUCGUAGAGGCCACCAAUCCAGACGCACCAGACAGUCCAACAGCUACAGAAAUAUCAGAUAAGGAAGUACUCCUGCGCUGGAAGCAACCAAAAUAUGACGGCAACUCGCCCGUAGUUUGCUACAGCCUCCAGUACAAGAAAGGUGACAGUGUAGAAUGGAAUACAGUGGCCGAAAACAUCGACCAUGAGUUCUUUGUCGUUAGAGAUCUCGAGCCAGAUACAAGUUACCAGUUCAGAUUGUCUUCUCGCAACAGAAUUGGAUGGAGCGACAAAGGAAUACCAACGAGUCUAAUCAAGACGAAGGAGGCCGGAGCUCCGAAAAUUGAAGUCACGAAAGCGAUGCGGCAUCUACAGCAAAUAACAGAGUCAGGGCAGGAGAUCGUAUUACACGAAGACAGACCGAAAUUAGAUUAUGCGACGGAAGAUAAUCCAAUCGACUGGGACGCGACACAGAACUUUUCAGAACGUUACAGUUUUAUAUCAGAACUUUGGCGAGGAAAGUUCUCGAUUGUCGUGAAAGGCGUUGAUAAAACGACCGACAGCGUGGUUGUGGCGAAGAUCCUGGAGGUCAGACCGGAGACAGAGAUCCAAGUGCAGAGGGAGUUCAAUUGCCUAAGAAAACUAAGGCACGAAAGAAUAUCGAAUUUAUUAGGAGCUUACCAGAUACCUGGCUCUCCUGUUGCGGCCCUGAUUCUAGAAAAACUGCAGGGCGCAGAUGUUUUAACUUAUCUCUCGAGCCGCCACGACUACUCUGAGCAGAUGGUAGCUACGAUAAUAACACAAGCGCUGGAUGGUCUGCAGUACCUCCACUGGCGAGGUUACUGCCAUCUGGACUUGCAGCCUGAUAACGUGGUAAUGGCUUCGGUCCGGUCCAUUCAAGUUAAACUGAUAGAUUUCGGUUCAGCUCACAGAGUCACCAAGCUGGGAACCAGUGUACCACAAGUCGGUGAACUGGAAUACAAAGCGCCGGAAAUUAUAAACGACGAGGCGGCGUACCCGCAAACCGACAUCUGGUCACUGGGCGUGCUGGCCUACAUUCUGUUAUCCGGAGUAUCUCCCUUCCGCGGAACCGACGACGCGGAGACCAAGCAAAACAUCUCUUUUGUUCGGUAUCGCUUCGAACACCUAUAUAAAGAGAUUACGCAGGAGGCGACCCGCUUCCUGAUGUUGGUGUUCAAGAAGGUCCCACUGAAGCGGCCGACGGCGGAGGAGUGCCAUGAGCACCGCUGGCUCGCACAUUCAGACUUCACGCAACGCAAGCGAGAGAGAGCCGUCUUCCUCUCCAACAGACUAAAGGAAUUCUCUGACGAAUACCACGAACGCAAAUCCCGAGAAGCAUCACAAGCAGAUACGCUAGCCUCAUUCGGGUCACCGCGCAUCCUCACCAGGUCCAACAGCAUCACCGACGAGUUGCUCACCACCUCCUCCAGCCGCUGACCACUGAUCAUUCUCAUGCGGGGCUUAGGACCAAUUAAUUAAUAUACGGUUAAAUUACUUAUCCAAUACUCUGUUAAAUAGUUCCCGGGUUAACUAUCAUUUAAAUAUUAUCGUUGUUUAGAUGUAAAAUACAAACUUCUUUUUUUAUAGCUAUAUUUAAUUAUAUAUUUUUUUAGGCAUAAGCAUAAAAUUCUAUUAAAAUUUUCAUAAAUUAUAUAAAAUUAUUUCUUUGUUGUAAAUAGAUGAUUCAUUUUGUUGACUAAUAUAGCAAAUGACUAAACUUAAUAAAAAUUGACAAAUUUAAGAUCAUAUUUCCUAUCUACAAUAAUAAUAAUUUACACCACAUUCAAAUAUUUAAAACACUAUGACUGCUUUUAAAAAUACUUUAAUCUAUCAAUCGCCGUUUAGCCGCCGUCACACUAAAUUGUUCUAGUCAAUUAAUAGAUAAUAUAUUUCGAAUCUUGUUAUUGUUAAGGGUAUUUUUAAAAACUUUUAUUACUUAUUUAUUUAUAACGAUUGAUUUUGCUUCAGUAUUAUUGAGGUGAAUAAAGUAAAUUUUCUCAAA